AUGUCUCAAACGCGACAACCAGGAAACCCUCAUCUCCAAACGAUAACCGAAACAUCCCGAGAUUCAUCCACCGUCCGACUUCCAACUACUCUCCGACUGAGAGGCGAAGAGACCUCAAACGCGCCCGCCGAGCCAUCCACCUCUCGACGAAUCCGAUGGAGCGAAGACGUCGUAGAUAACGAGGGAAUGGGCAAAAAGAGUUCCAAAGUAUGCUGCAUCUACCACAAAGCUCGACCAGUCGGCGAGAGUAGCUCUGAGUCCGAGUCCUCCAGUUCUUCCGAUUCAGACAGCGACAGCGACACUGGCUACGAUGGGGCGAGACCAAGUCAUAACAACAAGCACAACCACAACCAUAACCAAAACCAUUCGAAUUCUCGGGGCCGCCGACGUGGGAAUGAAGAUUCAUCGGAUCCUUCGGAAAAUCAGAACGCAGACGCAUGCUGCUCACAACACCAGCAUGGUCGAUCGAAACCCAAAAGAAAGCCUAGUCCAAAUGCAUACGAGAAGAUGCCUAAGCCAUCCAAGAAUACAUCCCGGGUUUCUUGA